AUACCAAACCGGCCUUCCAUCUUUUCUCAGGCAGUCGGUACAAACCAAAUCGCCCGACGCAAACGAGAUCUCGAUCGACAGAAGCGAGAGAGGAAGCCGAUCCCAAAGUCUCGAGAUGGCGUCUGCCUUCGACACCUUCAGCAACGACGGUGACGACGCCGCGGCGGCGGCCGCGGGGGGAUCAGUCGCCACGCGCCCCUUCGACGACGGCUACCUCGGCUACGACCCCCGCCUCCCCUCCCAGCGCUUCGACGCCUUCUCCUCCUUCUCCCCCUCUGAAGACGUCGAUCCCACCGUCGACCACCUCACCCCGUCUUCCCCUGGCUUCCCCGUUGACGUCGCCUCUGGCGCUGGCUUCGGCUUCCACCAUGAUGACGUCCCCGUGCACCGCCAGCACUCUGAUGUCGGCGGCGGCGACAGCAUCCCGGCCUCUCCUGAGGGGUAUGGGUUCUCGUCGGCGGCCUCCCCCUUCACGAUGCCGCAGGCCAACGGGACGGCUGCGUACGGGGUGGAGGAGAACGGCGAGAUCUUUACUUCGGAUGGCCCGAUCCUCCCUGACCCGAGCAAUAUGCAACGUGAGGAGGGGUUUAUCCUGCGGGAGUGGCGCCGACAAAAUGCUAUCCUUCUUGAGGAGAAGGAAAGGAAGGAAAAGGAGCGUCAAAAUGAAAUCAUUGCUGAAGCUGAAGAAUUCAAGCAAGCUUUCUAUGAGAAAAGGAAAUUGAAUUGUGAAACGAACAAGUUGCAGAACAGAGAAAGAGAGAAGUUAUAUCUGGCCAACCAGGAGAAGUUCCACGCAAAUGCAGAUAAACAAUACUGGAAAGCAAUUUCUGAGCUUAUUCCCCAUGAAAUUGCCAGCAUUAAGAAGCGAGGGAAGAAAGAACAGGAGAAAAAGCCUUCAGUCGUUGUGAUCCAGGGACCGAAGCCUGGAAAGCCCACUGAUCUCUCAAGAAUGCGCCAAAUUUUGGUAAAGCUGAAGCAUACUCCCCCGCCGCACAUGAAACCUCCAACACCACGUACCUCUGCACCAGCCAAAGAUGGUGCUGCCGCUGCAGCUGCAGGAAAAAAGCCAUCGUCACCUACCAAGGAUGCCAAAGCUAAUGCUCCUGCAGACUCACCAAAGGUAGACAUCUCUGUGACAGAAGGGCAAACGGUCAAGGCACCAGAACUAGUUAGGACUGCUUGAUCCUCAUUUUGCGACAUAUUGCACGGCAUUCAUCCUCAAGGCUAAAGGCUUCAUACGAGUUUCAAGUACGUGCAGCAAGGAGUAUUCAUUUCAAUCAAUCAUCCUUCUAUUGCCUCUUCACUUCAUUGGUUUUUUGCAUAGUGAUAUUGUUUGUUGAUGUUUGUCUCCUUUAUGAGGCAUGUGACAUCCUACCCAUCAGAUAUCUCUCAAGAACCAAGUAAAACUACAGUCAUCGGCUUUGUUGUGUGUGCUUGUUGGUAUCUAUCAUUCGUGUAUCAUGUUCUAAGUAAAGUUGGACAUGUUGCUGCUGUGACAGGGUAUUUGCAAUCCUAGUUGGUCUAUUAUGAUA